AUGGAGACCGAAAGUGAGAGUAGCAUUUCAGGAGAUGAUAGUGUCUUUUGGUUGGAUUCUGAAGUUUUAAUCGAGAUGACUGGCAGUGAAGAGGGAGAGAGGGAAGACAACUUCAGGAAGAUGAAGUCUUCGGUACAUUCUGAAGAGGAUGAUUUUGUCCCAGAACUACAUAGAAAUGUUCACCCUCGAGAGCGGCCUGAUUGGGAAGAAACACUUAGCACGAUGGCAAGAGGAGCUGAUGUUCCAGAGAUCCCUGGAGAUCUUAGUCUUAAGACAUGUGGCAGUACAGCCAGUAUGAAGGUUAAACAUGUGAAAAAACCCACUAAUCCAGGACUGAUGGGCUGCGACAACAUUCACAGGUUACCCUUCACUAAAGGUCACUUUCCGAAGAUGGCUGAAUGUGCACAUUUCCAUUAUGAGAACGUUGAGUUUGGCAGCGUACAGCUCUCACUUUCAGAAGAACAGAAUGAAGUAACGAAAAACGGCUGUGAAUCUAAAGAGCUGGUCUACCUCGUGCACAUUGCUUGUCAGGGCAAAAGUUGGAUUGUUAAAAGAAGUUAUGAAGAUUUUCGGGUACUUGAUAAACAUCUUCAUUUGUGUAUUUAUGACCGACGAUUCUCCCAACUCUCAGAGCUUCCCCGUUCUGAUGCCCUGAAGGACAGUCCAGAGUCUGUCACUCAGAUGCUUAUGGCGUACCUGUCCCGCCUUUCAGCAAUUGCCGGCAACAAGAUCAAUUGUGGACCUGCCCUUACUUGGAUGGAGAUUGAUAAUAAGGGAAAUCAUCUUCUAGUUCAUGAGGAAUCAUCCAUUAACACUCCUGCUGUUGGUGCUGCCCACGUUAUCAAGAGGUACACUGCUCGGGCCCCUGACGAAUUGACUUUAGAGGUGGGAGACAUCGUUUCUGUUAUUGACAUGCCCCCAAAAGUGUUAAGCACGUGGUGGAGAGGCAAGCAUGGAUUUCAGGUGGGACUCUUCCCUGGACACUGUGUUGAGUUAAUUAAUCAGAAAGUUCCCCAGUCAGUGACCAACUCAGUGCCAAAACCAGUGUCUAAAAAGCACGGCAAGCUCAUUACUUUCUUACGCACAUUCAUGAAGUCUCGUCCAACAAAACAGAAGCUGAAGCAGCGGGGGAUUUUGAAAGAGAGGGUGUUUGGUUGUGACCUGGGGGAGCACCUUCUGAAUUCAGGUUUUGAAGUGCCCCAGGUUCUUCAGAGCUGCACAGCAUUCAUCGAGAGAUAUGGCAUUGUGGAUGGAAUAUAUCGUCUCUCUGGCGUUGCCUCUAAUAUCCAGAGACUACGACAUGAAUUUGACUCUGAACAUGUCCCCGACCUGACAAAAGAACCAUAUGUUCAGGACAUCCAUUCUGUGGGCUCCCUCUGUAAGCUGUAUUUUCGAGAGCUCCCAAACCCUCUGCUUACCUACCAGCUGUAUGAGAAAUUUUCUGAUGCUGUUUCAGCAGCAACAGAUGAAGAAAGGCUGAUAAAAAUUCAUGACGUCAUCCAGCAGCUCCCCCCUCCACACUACAGAACGCUGGAGUUCCUGAUGAGACACUUGUCUCUUCUAGCUGAUUAUUGUUCCAUCACAAAUAUGCAUGCAAAAAACCUAGCAAUUGUUUGGGCUCCAAACCUGCUAAGAUCAAAACAGAUAGAAUCUGCCUGCUUCAGUGGAACAGCAGCGUUCAUGGAAGUGAGAAUUCAGUCUGUAGUGGUUGAAUUCAUCCUGAAUCAUGUAGACGUCCUCUUCAGUGGGAAAAUCAGUGCCGUCAUUCAGGACGGGGCAGCUUCUCUCUCAAGACCCAAGUCAUUGCUGGUCUCCUCUCCAUCCACCAAGCUGCUAACAUUGGAGGAAGCCCAGGCACGAACGCAAGCUCAGGUCAACUCUCCAAUUGUGACUGAAAAUAAAUAUAUUGAAGUCGGAGAAGGACCUGCUGCACUUCAGGGGAAGUUUCAUACCAUAAUUGAGUUCCCACUUGAAAGGAGGAGGCCUCAAAAUAAAAUGAAAAAAUCUCCCGUGGGCAGCUGGCGUUCCUUUUUCAACUUGGGGAAAUCAUCGUCUGUUUCUAAGCGGAAGCUGCAGCGGAAUGAGAGUGAGCCUUCCGAGAUGAAAGCCAUGGCUCUGAAAGGUGGCAGGGCAGAAGGAACGCUCCGUUCAGCUAAAAGUGAAGAAUCCCUUACUUCUCUCCAUGCAGUCGAUGGUGAUUCCAAGCUGUUCCGACCCAGAAGACCCAGGUCUAGCAGUGAUGCACUGAGUGCCUCUUUUAACGGAGAAAUGCUGGGGAACCGCUGUAAUUCCUAUGAUAACCUGCCCCAUGACAAUGAGAGCGAGGACGAGGUGGGGCUGCUGCACAUUCCCGCUCUGAUGUCUCCUCACGCAGCUGAGGAUGUUGACUUGAGCCCGCCGGACAUUGGCGUGGCCAGCCUGGAUUUCGACCCAAUGUCAUUUCAGUGCAGCCCCCCUAAGCCUGAAUCAGAAUGUCUGGAGAGCGGGGCUUCCUUUCUAGAUUCAUUAGGAUACUCCCAGGAGAAACUAAGCUCCAACAAAAAGGAUACAGAAGCAGGUGGUAGCCAGUCUCAGACGCCAGGAAGCACUGCAAGUUCUGAAGCCGUCUCUCCUCUUCAGGAGAAGCUGAGUCCAUUCUUUACCCUGGACUUGAGCCCAACAGAAGAGAAAUCAUCCAAGCCAUCCUCAUUCACUGAAAAGGUCGUCUACGCUUUUUCUCCAAAGAUUGGACGGAAAUUAAGCAAAUCACCUUCUAUAAACAUAUCUGAGCCAAUUUCAGUGACUCUUCCCGCCCGGGUAUCAGAAGUCAUCGGGACCGUGUCAAAUACAGCAGCUCCGAAUGCAUCUUCUCCAACCUGGAGCAAAAGUGUGGAAGACAGUGAGGCCAUAAAUAGAUCCCCCACCCAGGUAGUAAAGAUGAAAACCAGUGAGAGAGACGCCCAAGGAGGAUGUGAAUGUGAAGUCCAGCCCCUAGAGCAGGGGGCUGCUGCAGAAGUAGAGUCGCCAGGGAAAGAGGAGCAGGUCGUCGCGAGCAGUCAGAGUAAGGCUGUACCUUCUGGACAGACUCAGACAGGAGCAGUUACCCAUGACCCCCCUCAGGAUUCCGUUCCUGUCAGUUCAGUCUCUCUUAUCCCACCACCACCGCCUCCGAAAAACGUUGCCCGCCUGUUGGCGCUAGCGUUAGCUGAGUCUGCGCAGCAAGCCUCAACCCAGUCACUGAGGAGACCAGGGACUUCCCAGGCUGCUUACACAAAUUACGGAGACAUAGCAGUGGUUGCAGCAGAAGAGAAACUGCCUAGUUCCUACUCUAGCGUUACUCUAGAUAAAGCCUAUUUCCAAACUGAUAGGCCAGCAGAGGAGUUCCACGUCCAGAACAAUGUAUCUGGGAACUGUGACCAGCCUAUUCCAGAUCCGGCCGCCACUGGGAAUCCUACCCAUGCCAGUGCAGUGGAAUCUGGGGAACAGCUCCACCAGGCCGACUUCCCAGGGAAUCAUCCACAUCGAACCUAUUUACCUGGGGACCCAGACAAGGCCAGAAUCACUUCAGUUCCCUUAACAGACUCUAAGUCGGAUGAUCCCCUGAGUUGCCCUGAAGACCAGUCUGGGAAGACCAGUAUGCCAACUGUCUCCUUUAUGGAACAGGACCAGUAUCAGCUUCAUUUCUACAGUGGAGAUCAACCUCCUUCGUAUCUUGGUGCAGGUGUGGAUAAGCCCCAUCAUCACCCUUCAGAACUUGCAGACAAGUCGCCCACACCUUCUAAUCUGCCUCGGGACAAAAGCUACCCUCCCUCUGGGUCCCCUGAAGAGAAUCCCAGUGCGGCCGCCGUGGCUUACAUGACCGCUGCUCCGGCAACAGCCGAGAUGAGCACCAGGGAAGCCAGCUGGGAUGUGGCUGAACAAGCCACUGCAGCUGAUUUCGCCACUGCCACCCUUCAGCGCCCUCCGAGGACGAAUCGUCCCCUCCCGCCGCCUCCUUCCCAGAGGUCAGCCGAGCAGCUGCUGGUCAUGGGGCAGGUACAAGCAGCCACCAGUGUGGGACUGAAUCAUCCCCACAAGGUUCAAGUGGUUCCAGCUCCAGAGAGACCCCCUGACCCCAGAGCCACGGACGAUCCCGCACCCGUCCUUGUCGGUGAUGGCGGCGCAGCUGCUCAGUGUCCCGUCUCUGCCCCCGCUCUCCAACCGAGCCUUCCCGAAAAGGUGCGGGAGGGUGCCAGGGCCCCACCGCUGCACCUGCGCGCCGACUCUGUCCCCGUGUACUCCUCCUGUGGCUUUCCCAUGCCAGUUCCUCCCACCAGGACAAUGGAGAGUAAGAUCGCCGCUGCCCUCCACUCCAGCGGCGCAGAUGCUCCCAGCAGUUCCGGUUACCAUCCCUUUGUCACCGCUUCCUCAGCCUCUGUGGAGGACGGUCUGCCUUUACCACUUCCCGUCCCACAACCUAAGCAUGCUUCACAGAAAACAACUUACUCCACCUUUGCCAGGCCUGAUGUCACCCCUGAACCCUUUGGGCCAGAAAACUGUGUGCAUUUCAGUAUGAAUCCCAACUGCCAGUACCGUCCGCAGAGCGUACCUCCACAUCAUAAUAAAUUGGAGCAACACCAAGUGUACGGUGCCAGAUCAGAACCACCAGCCUCCAUGGGACCUCGUUAUAACACAUACGUGGCCCCGGGAAGAAAUGCGUCUGGACACCACUCCAAACCAUGCAGCCGAGUGGAGUAUGUAUCUUCUUUAGGCCCCACAAUUAGGAGUAGUUGUUACCCUGAAGAUAUUCCCCCGUACCCUACCAUCCGGAGGGUACAGUCUCUCCAUGCCCCUCCGUCUUCCAUGAUUCGCUCUGUUCCCAUUUCACGGACAGAAGUCCCCCCAGAUGACGAACCAGCCUACUGCCCAAGACCCCUGUACCAAUAUAAGCCAUAUCAGUCCUCGCAGGCCCGCUCAGAUUAUCACGUCACUCAGCUUCAGCCUUACUUCGAGAAUGGUCGGGUCCACUACCGGUAUAGCCCCUACUCCAGUUCUUCUAGUUCUUAUUACAGUCCAGAAGGAGCCCUGUGUGACGUGGAUGCCUACAGCACGGUACAGUUGAGGCCCCUCCACCGCCUCCCCAAUCGCGAUUUUGCCUUCUACAAUCCUAGGCUGCAAGGAAAGCACUUGCACACUUACGCUGGUUUGCUCCCACGUCCCCGGGCCAAUGUGACUGGCUAUUUCUCUGGUAAUGACCACAAUGUAGUCAACAUGCCUCCAGCUGCUGAUGUAAAGCACACAUACACCUCGUGGGAUCUCGAGGACAUGGAAAAAUACCGAAUGCAAUCCAUCCGGAGAGAGAGCCGUGCUCGGCAGAAGGUGAAGGGGCCUGUUAUGUCCCAGUAUGAUAACAUGACCCCAGCCGUGCAAGAUGACCUGGGUGGGAUCUAUGUCAUCCACCUCCGUAGUAAAUCAGAUCCUGGGAAAACUGGACUUCUCUCGGUGGCAGAGGGAAAGGAGGGGCGGCAUCCAACCAAGGUCGUCAGUCCUGAGGGAGAGGACCGCUUCUAUAGAAAGCAUCCAGAGCCAGAGUUCGAUAGAGCCCACCACCAUGGAGGAUAUGGCAAUGGACCGCCAGAGAAACCCACUCUCCCUCAGAAGCAAAGUAGCCUCAGGAACAGGAAGCUUCACGACAUGGGUUGUAGUCUCCCUGAACACAGAGCCCAUCAGGAAGCAAGCCAUAGGCAGUUAUGUGAAUCAAAAAAUGGGCCGCCGUACCCGCAAGGAGCUGGCCAGUUAGAUUAUGGGCCCAAAGGGAUUCCAGACACUUCUGAGCCAGUCAGCUACCAUAACUCUGGAGGGAAAUAUGUUACCUCGGGGCAGGAGACUCUCAGACUGAACCACAAAGAGGUGAGGCUCUCCAAAGAGCUCGAGAGGCCUCGGGCUAGGCAGCCUCCUGCUCCAGAGAAACACUCCAGAGACUGCUACAAGGAGGAGGAGCACCUCCCCCCGUCAGUAGUCCCACCCCCGAAACCGGAGAGGAGUCAUAGCCUGAAACUCCAUCAUACUCAGAACGUGGAGAGGGACCCCGGUGUGCUGUACCAAUACCAAACACAUGGCAAGCGCCAGAGCAGUGUGACUGUUGUGUCCCAGUAUGAUAACCUGGAGGGUUACCACUCCCCACCCCAGCACCAGCGAGGAGGCUUUGGAGGAGGAGCAGUGGGAACCUAUGUGCCCUCUGGCUUUCCCCACCUGCAAAACAGGACAUAUGCUACAGCUUUGGGCCAGGGGGCCUUCCUGCCCACAGAGUUGUCUUUGCAGCACCCUGAAACACAGAUUCAUGCAGAAUGAGCCCUGGAGCAAUAGAGUUGAAGCAGCCUCUGCUGGACAGUGGACUGUUCUAUUUUUUUCAGUAACCAAAAAGAUUAAAAAAAAAAAAAAAAAGCUACAAUCCCCCCCCUCCCCGACCACAUUAAAAACAACAACAACAACCAAGAAAAAUCACCAUCUUUUUCCCCUUCCCUGCUUCAUCACCAUCUCUUCCAUCUCUAGGCUGUGAUUUUUGUCAUUAAAAGAGAUCUGAAUGAUUGUAAAGCA